AAAAAGUUUGUAAUGUUUUAGUUCGUAUUUAUUUCUUGUUAUUUUAUAUUCUUUGUGUAUAUCAUUUUAAUGGUAAUCUGGUAAUUAAUUAGAUCUCCACAUGUGAGAACAUUUACAAGAUUGCAAAAACGAAACAGACUGAGCAGCAGUGUUUUUAUUUUUUGCAGCCUUGUUAACCUUCUUGUUAACCUUGAUACUGUUUUAGUUAUGACCCUCCGUGACCUCCACAGUCCUGUUAUACUUCAGACACCUGUGCUGCUGGUAUGUUUGAGAGACUGUGACUCUCAGGUUGAUAUCUCCUACACUUUGACCUCUACGAGGAGUUCUCACACUUACUGUCUGCCACAUUCCUCACUGGUCAGUUUACAGCACACUUGGUACUCGCACGUAAAAGUGCAGUUUUACUUCAGAUAUUCACACAUGACAUUCAAAUACUUCUGUAGUAUCACAUGGUUUCUGAAGAACACAUGAUUUUUAUCUUAUUUUUUUUUUUUGUAAAUGUGUAGAUCUCUAAAACGUUGUGACACUUCUGUAGAAAGGAAUGAGGAUGAGUGUAUGUUGGUUAAGUUCACUUUGCGUGAAGUGAUAUGGUUGAUCUGGUUAUUCCUGCCCAACCACCAAACAAAAACAAGUGCUUGAAAAGCUUUGUGAAUCACUUUUUGGGACUAUAAUCCACAGCUAGAGGGUGCGGUUUCUCUCUUUGUAACCUGUCCUGCUCACUAAGCUGUCAUGAUUGCCAGGUUUACACAAUUUGUUUCCUCAGCAGGUUAGCAGCACCCAACACAAUUCACUUUAAUCAGAUUUUAUUUAGAUUAGCACACGUGAUUAAACACUCAUAUUGAACAGCUCUCAAUAGUACUAUGGACUGUCAAGCAGUGAACUCUGAUAUAUACAGGCAGUAUGAUAAGUAUUUUCCUUGGCCAGAUUUUUUGUCUCUGACUGGGAAUGUAAUUUGACUAAGGAAAUGACUCAGAUUUCUUUUUAAGGAAGUUUAUGCCUCUGUUUUAAGAAAGAUGUGGUUUAAUGUGCAAUUUAGAACUAAAUCUGGUUAAGAAAUUCAGUGGAAUGCUAGCUCUGUGUUUGACAUUUACCCUAAAGCCAACAGACAUCAACCUGUUUUUGUGUUGGAUGAGGUGCUUGAGCUCUUGCAUUUCGGCUUAUUUACCUGUAACGUGAGCAUCUGUGUGACUGUGUGUGUGUCUGUCUGAUAAUCCGGGUUAAGACAUUACCUCAAGAUGAUCAAGAGGAGUCAAACACACUGACCAAAACACAGGUGGGACAAAGAGGAUUAUAGUUAGUUCUCAAUUCUGUCCAGAGAGGUAGAGAGAGCAGUAAUAACUUCAUACAACAAUUGCGUUCUGUCACAAAAGCUUCAUAAGCCUAAAUAGAUCAUAGCUCCGUUGGUUUCAGUGGGUCUACAAUGUACUUUUUUUUUGUUGCUUGUUUUGAAGAUGUGAGUCUGUGUGUAAUCUGACACUCCGUGGAUUGCGGCUUUUGUUUGCGCAAAUCAAUUCAGCUUCAUUCAAGCAGACCAAAAGAAAAGAGUGUGGCGAGGAGGAGAGGGGUUUGUCUUCUGGAGGUCCAACGAGAGUCCCUUGUGUGCUGCAAAGAACAAGCCCCGCCCAUUGCCUCCCUCCCCCCUAGGAUUGAGGAUGGGAGGGCAGGGGACAGACCUGAGUUUGGCCGAUGAAGAGGUUGUGUGGGAGGGAGGGGGGUCAAAUCAAGGACCGCCCCCAGGACAGCUCCAGGCCUGAGGAUCCUUGAGCAUGCUGACAUAUGCUCAGCACCUCUCCAUAGUGCAUGUAGCUGACUGCUGCUACCAAGUGUGGGAUGCCAACCUUUGCACCUGCAAGAUGGGCAAUAAUCCACCCUCACAGCUUCAGUCUUCGGCCCUGGAACCGGCCCAAGCCCCCAGCACCAGGAGUGAGUGUGGUAUCAAACGCAGACUGCUGGCCUCUAAGGUCCAUCAGAGACCAGAAUCACUGUGGACCCCUAAACCAAUGCUAAGAGUGGAGGGAAAAGGAUCAAAAGUGGACACACUUACACGCUCUGAGUCUUGUUGCAGGAGGAACUCAGUAUCAUGCUUUCCCACCGUAUCUAAUCUGGAUGAAGAGAAAAAGUGGACUGUGCACUACACGGCUCCAUGGCACCAGCAGGAGAACGUCUUUCUGCCGGGCUCCAGACCAUCCUGUGUGGAAGACCUGCACCGCCAAGCCAAAGUGAACCUGAAAACAGCUCUCAGAGAAUGUGAUAAACUGAGGAAAGAUGGCUUCCGCAGCUCACAGUACUACUCACAGGGGCCCACCUUCUCAGGCUCCACAAACUCCCAACAUGAGGACGAAGAUAUAGAAGAUGAUGAAGCUGAUAAAAAGUCCACAGCAUCUUCAGGAGAGGAAGAGAAAGACACCUGCCAAAUGAGAGCACAGAGUCAAGGGGAGGUGGAGGGGGUUGAGGUUGAUGGACAAAUGUCAGGGUCCAAAGCUCCGCCCCUGCCCACUCCAGAAGAGAAGAUGAGGCAGCAGGCUCAGGCCGUUCUCACAGAUAUUGUCCCCAUCAAUGUCACAGGGGAGACGUUUGACAGGCAGGCCAGCAUCCGCCGCUCCCUAAUAAACACUGACACUCUGGUCCGCCGGCCCAAGAAGGUUAAGCGGAGAAAGACUAUUUCAGGGGUGCCUGACAGCGUCCAACAGGAACUAGCGGCUAAAGGGCGUGGAGGAGAGCUUCGGCCACAGUCCAUGUUUAUCCCUGGACAGUAUUCAACACUUGGGCGAGUCAUAAAUGGGAAUUCAACUCUCCGUCGAUCUAUAACAAAAGAUUCUGGCUGCCAGACUGAGAAUGUGAAAAUUGUCCCACCCUCUGUGAGGAGAAUACGGGCUCAGAAGGGCCAAGGAAUUGCUGCUCAGAUGGCCGGCAUCUCCACCUCUGCCACGAACAUCUCUUCAGUUUCCGAUGGGAGCUCCCCUGGAAAUUCAGUUGUUGUAAGGGCACCACAGUUUGGCAAUGAUAUCCAACGUUUUCACAGCUUGCCACGAGGUGCACGGGUCUCUCUUAACGCAGAGCCCCUUUACAGUAGCACCCCUUUCAGGCAAGAAGACUCCACUGCAAAGUCAACUCAGCAGAUUGGAAAAUUACAAGUAGAUGAUACUGUGGUGCACAUGAGGAAUGCCCCCAGGGUAUGCACCCAAGCACGGCCAAAAUCUCAGGAGGUUAGAGGUACAUGGGAAUCUGUCCCGGGUGCAGUCUGUGUAGUUUCUCCACAUGCUGCCUACUCAACCUCCCUUAUACCUAAUGCUACUCUAUCAUGUUCUGCUGAGGUUAUCGCACUCCACACCACGUCAAGCCCUGGCCAGAGCUCAGUUGCUGGCUUACCGUACACUAAAGCUAGACCUCUUAGCAUGGUCUCAGCUGUCAACAGUGAGAGCACCAGUAGUGUGGGCACAGGAUCACACACACCAGACGCAGGUAUGAAGGAUACCUGCAGUGAGACUGGCCAGUCCGAUAGCAGUUUGCACAGCCACAGCACCCUUGCCGCAGGAACACUGUCUUCAGAUGAGCAAUGGAUUUAUGACACUCCUGAGAAUGUCUUGCCCAGAAGGACACUAUCUUCCAGCUGCUCAACACCCAUAAAUCAUCUCUAUAGUAGCCUUGAACGCUCCUCAAAAGGUACAGACUCUAGUUCGCUCUACUCUAUGGACAAUGAUGGCUACUACACUUCCAUGCAUCUCGAUUCAGGCCUUAGGUCAAGGAGCCAGGGUAGUGGCCAUGGUCAUGGCAUAGGAGGAAGAGCGGCAAGACACAGUAUGUACGAGUGCCUGGGUCAGCAAGAAGACCAAAACAGCUUGUACAGUGACCGGUCGCUGUCACGAUCCAUUUCUCUACGCAAGCCUAAGAAACCACCUCUUCCACCAGCACGCACAGACUCUCUACGACGAAAGCCUAAGAAAGCCAGCUCUCCCACUGCUAGUAUUGGACAGUCAGAUAUUAACAAUGGUUCGGUUCUCAAUGAGUCAUUGAUUGCCACGCUCCAACAGUCACUUCAGAAUGGGCUGAAAGCCAAAGGGUCCUCCACCUCACCGUCUCAUAGUCCUUGUAGUGACUAUGAGGACCCCUGGAUGCUUCGUUCCAGGAGCCAGAGCAGCAUCAGUGGAGGCAGCAGUGGUGUGUCAGCUACAGGGAUGGCUCAUGUGUACUCCAUUUGUCACGUCACACCUUCUCAUAGUGACACUAGUAGCCUCCGUUCUGAUUAUGCAGACUCCUGGGGCUACUACAUGGAGUACCCUCGUCCAUCUGGGGAUCAGACACGGUCACCUUGCACCAGUUCACUUUCUGCUGGACAAGUGGUUGAGAUGGCAAAUGGGAAAAGCCUACAGAAUUGUAACCAGUCUAAUCUUCCACAUGCCCAGGAAGGCAGUGAUACGUCUGUGAAGCCUAAAACAGGCACCUCAUCACCGGAUAGGGUACAUCGGUUGACUUCACCAUCAAGUGGAUACUCGAGUCAAUCCAACACUCCAACAGCUGGCACUCCUGUUCCCUCCUUCAUGAGAUGCAUGUCCCCAUCCGGCAAGCCCAAACCCAGAGUACCUGAAAGAAAAUCAUCCCUGCUUUCAUCUGUAUCCAUAUCGUCGUCUUCCACUUCUCUUUCCUCCAACACCUCUGAUUCCAACAGGAACAAUAUUCCUCCUCCACCUCCUCUACCAGCUGGUCCUGUUGCUAUUGUACCUUAUCAUCCAUCCUCUCCUUCUCCCGUUCUGUCCUCCGGGCCUGUGAGCACCAUGGACCAGAAAUUUCCCCCUCCGCCACCUCCUUUACCCACAACCCACCAUCAACAAGCAUCCAUGAGCCAUCCUUACAUCAAUUCCUCCCCUGAAUUUCCCCCACCUCCACCUCCGGAAGUGUUGACUGACCCUGUCUUGUCAAGCUUCAAUAGUUCUUUUAGCCCUCCACUACCUCCUCCACCAUUGCCUGCUUAUUCUCCACCCAUAAAUCAACAUCAACCCAGCUUGACACCGCCUACACCUUCCUCUGCUUGCUUAAAGGAAAUUAAAGGUGCCCUAAAACCAGUGAACCUAGAAAGAAAACUAGUGUCACCUCACUCAGAGGAGCUUAGUAAGAUUGGCAUGCCUCUCAUUACCCCUUUGGCCCUGCAGAGUGUACAGCUUCGGCCAGCAAAACGGCCAGAAAACAAUGGAGUUAGCCAGUUAGCCAGACCCCAAUCACCAGAGAAGCCUCAAAAACCAGGGGAUCCCACAGUUCCUCAGGGCAUCCCUUGCAUACCUCCAAAUUUAAGGCCAUCAUCUCCAGAGAAAAAACUCUCCAUCCAGGAUAGCCAUGUUGAAGCAAAACCUGACUGUGUAAUAUCACAUUCUGAGGAGACAUCCUGCUUUACAAAAGGUUCUGUAGAUCUUGGUGAGGUUAAGGCCACAGCUGAAGUAGAUGGUCUUGAGACUGUCCUUUCAUCACCUGCGGAAAUGCCACAGAACUCUACACCCAAGAAGAAGCCUCCGCUGAUUUCCAAAAAGCCCAAGUUUUCUCUGACCUUUUCCUCAGUGGAUUAUGUCAGUGAUUUCCUGAGUGCUCAGAAUGAUGAUAAAAUCUCUAUGACUACAGCUGAAGAUCUGGACCCCACACCUGUUCCAGAACAGGAAGAAAAGGCAACUGAGAAAGAUGGCAUUGACAUUUCUGCACCUCCUGAUGAGAUAAGAGACAUUUCUCCCACAAAUGGUGAAGCUCAGGAGUUCUCCCAGACUCCUGCUACCAUUACUCUAGAUGCAGACAAGGACACCUCUGAAGCAGAGGAUGAAGAAAGAGAUGAUGAAGAUGUAACCAGCAGCACAGGAUCUUUUGGCUCUAAAGAUGAUGAAAGUGGUGAGGUGUUUGAGUCCAGCACGUUGGACGUCACUCAGUCUCCCAGCAUCAGCAGCGACAGCUGUGGGGACAUGGUGACCCCCACACGGCCCCGCACCACAGAGGACCUCUUUGCUGCCAUUCACAGCCUGGACCAGUUGAACAUGAACACCCCCCAACAUAUGAGGUCGAAGCGGAAGGUCCUUGGCCGCAAGGAAUCCGAAGAGGACCGUUCACGAGGUCCUUUAUCCCCACCGGCCACCCCUACAGGAAUGGUCCCCGGCUUGACUUCCUCUCUGCCACGGCAAACAAGCUCCAUCCAGCGCAGCCUGCGCAAAUCCGCAACAAGCAGUGACACCUUCAAGGCCCUCCUGUUGAAAAAAGGCAGUCGCUCCGAGACCAGCUUCCGCAUGUCUGCUGCAGAGAUGCUGCGCAGCACCGACCCACGCUUUCAGAGAACUCGCUCUCUCGACUCCUCAUUCGAUCCAGCAUCUCCAACAGGCGAGAGCCCCUGCUCUUCACCAAGCCGGAACAAGAGGACGCCCGAGGACUGGGCACGCAACGAGGGAAUGUUUUCAACGUCCCCAUCAUUAAUCGGUCCGAAGUACGGCCGAUCUCGCACACCGCCCUCCGCUGCCAGCAGCAAGUAUAACGCCCGCAGCCGGAUCCUCAGCAGCCCCAUGACUGUUAUUUGCGAGAGGGAUGGGGAACUCACUGACUGUGAAGACCCAUGCCCUGUUCCUCCAUCAAACACGCCCCUUCCCAUCUCUCAGGACUCCAACAGUACUUUAUGUGAGCAGAACAGCAGUUAGGAUACCAAACGGCUCCUUGGCAAAGGCAGAACGUCUUCUCGGCACCUGAGCUUGGCUGAGGGCAGAAGACCAGGAGAGACUGAACUCUAAAAGGUCUUGCCGCCCGCUAAUCCAGGCAGCACUGUCUGAUGUUGUAGUGCGGGCUAAGAUCAAGCAGUCAGCUCAAGCAGUAGACAAGAUACUGCUGUAUCUGUAGCUCUUCAGAAAAAAAAGUAACCAAUCCAACCCAAUCUGACCUUCUUUUCAGAGAGAACUCUGCUUUCAGUGGCAAUACUAGACUUAUAUUUCCAAAGCUUAGCAAUUACUUCUCUUAUGUUGUUCAGCUUUUUAUUUCCAUUUUUAAGCAGUAUCAAUCAGAUUUGUGUGGGGUUUUUUUGUUGUUUUUUUGGUGAAGCAGUUAACGAAAGUUGUAAUGAAGGAAUUACUAUGUGACUACUUGUUUUGGCUGUAGUAGUUCAAGUUGAUGGAUAUUUUGUGGUGCGUCACAUCUCAAACUUCAGCGAGGCAGCUCUGUCAGCGCCUUACCGCUUGAGUACGCCGGUCUUCAAAGACCAAGAUAAAUAGCACACCGACCGAUUCCUACAAGUGGGUAUGUUUCCAUACGGUUUGUACCAACGGAAGCGUCUGGAAUGAAAAAGGAAUUGGGAUUAGAGUGACGAAGGCUUGUUUGUGGAAGCAGUUAUGUUUGGUUUUUGAUGUGUAGGUUUGCACUGUUCAUCGUCUUUUAUUUGUCAUUUAAAAAGCAUUGUGUCUGUGUUGGUUAUUUUAAAAAAAUAAUUCUAUCUUACUUGAAACAAAUGACCGGUUUACUUUAAAGAACCGAAUGCGACACUCUUAACUUGCUGAAAUGUGAGGGUAUUUUUCAGUCUGAGUUCUGUUCUGUCAACAUCUAGCGAAAGUAAUCGCUUAAUCACUAAUCCUCCUGUUUACCUGUCAAGCGUUUUCUUUUCUUGUGCAGUUUUAAAAAAAAUGUAUGUAUAUACCUACAGAAAUGUUAAGUAACACCUGAUCUUAUUUUUGAAGAAUUUGUACAUUUUUAGAAACCUUUGCUAGGAAUGGCUUCCUUUUGUAGAGUAUUUAUUUUAGAAUAGCCAGAAUGUGGUUGGAUACUGUAUCUGGGGGUGUGCUUUUUAAGAGGGAGGUGAAUGAGGUGUGAUCAGAUGGGACCUCAUACACAUUUGUGGUCUUUAAAUUCAGAUUCACCGGUCAUAGAACUUCUGUUCCUUAACCCAUUCUACUGAUGGAAACACAGAUCAGAAAAAGAACGAUGGAAAAGAGGAAGCAAGCUGCUAACCCUCUAGAGUAUGUCUCUGUAAUAAAACAUGGUGAUAUUUAAAAAUUG